AAAAUGACUCUUUUUUUGUUAAAAUCUUUUUUUUUUGGCACUUCUCUGUAACGCAGAAUAUCAGCCUUGCUCUUUUCCCCCACAAAUUUCAUUUUAACCAAUUAUCAAAUUAAUAUAUCCUUGUUUUAUAUCUCGUUUCAUUUUCGUUUUUAUUUCUUUCAACUUGAAGAAGAAAAAUAUAAUGUCAGCUUACCUGAUUAUGAUUACCUCUCUUCCGGUUUCCCAAUUUCCCGACCUUGACGUUUCUGAAUCGUCCACUGUGCUUUCCCUUUUCGAUGUUCGGGAUAGCCACCGCAAUAGUGCGCAGUUUCCUUUUCUCGUUUCGUUUUUCCAAAUUGAAUCUAAUCUUUCGAUUUUUUUUAUUAUAUUUUUUAUUAUCUUUUCUUCCUUCCUUUCUUCUUUCUUUCUUUCUUUCUUUCGCCUUCUCUCUCUCCCUCAAAAAAGAAGGAAGAAAAAAGAAAAAUUCGUUCCCUUGGAACUUUUCCCACAUUAUAUACACUAUUUCCAUCCUGUCCAGCCCUCUGAUACACUCGUUCCUUCCCCCCGUUCCCCCUUCCCACACAUCCUGAAUCCUCAGGGAAAAUGGGGGAAUUAGUAUUAGUUUUGUAUACUUGGGCUUAGUUUCCCCUUGUCACGCCCAAGUUUCCAAAUAUAACCGCACUUCUGAACAAGCUAAAAGACGCAACCGUCUUUUUCUUUUUCUUUUUUUUGUACUUCCCUUU